AUGAAGGAGAAACUCAGUCUGGCUGCCAAGGCAAGUAAUUUGGAGAAGAAAUUGCAUGUUGAGAAGGAAAUAUCUGCUCAAUUUCAGUCGCAACUUGAUCUACAGUAUAAGAAGAUUCACAUGUUCGCUGGUACAAGGCAAUUGGAUAAGAUCCUGUCUUAUGGGAGGACUGAAACAUCCACAGAGGUCUCGGAUACACUGGAAGAAAUGGUCCAGAGGCCAAAAACAUCAAGUUCGUGUCUGCUGGUGUGUCUUCACACCGUUUUCACAUAA